GCGCCCCACGGCCAAUGGGGGCCGGCUGUGGAGGACGGGGCGUGGCGGCCGCGGCGCUACGCCCCGAGUGGCGGUUGUUUCAAGAUGGCGGCCGCGGCGGGCCCCUCCCGCCGGGGCGCGGCGGCGUUCUGGACCCGGGACCUGUCUGAUGAAGAACAAUCAGUAGUAUACGUUCCAGGAAUUUCUACAGAAGGAAACAUCAAGUCAAGGCACAAGUCGAUGAGUCCAAAGGCUAAUGUUAAAGCUAAGAGUUCUGGGGUGACUGCUGCUUCCAUCUCCACAGAGUCUUUAAAAGGUGCAGGGGAUUCAGUAGAUCAACAGAAUUUUUGCAGGAGAGGAAUAAAGAGUGCAUCACUGAAGGAUUUAUGUCUUGAAGACAAAAGACGCAUUGCAAAUUUAAUUAAAGAACUAGCCAGAGUGAGUGAGGAAAAGGAAGUGACAGAAGAACGACUCAAAGCUGAACAGGAAUCAUUUGAGAAGAAGAUAAGGCAGUUGGAAGAACAGAAUGAACUGAUCAUCAAAGAAAGGGAAGCUCUCCAGCUACAAUAUAUAGAAUGUCAAGAACUUCUGAGCUUGUAUCAGAAAUAUCUAUCAGAACAGCAGGAGAAACUCACCAUGUCUCUCUCGGAACUUGGUACUGCAAGAGUGCAGGAACAACAGGUACCCAGUAGUAAAAGUACUCUCCAGUCUACAUCCAUGGAACUGAAUAGUUCCUACUUGAGUGUUACCAAACCACCGAUCUACCAAAAUCAGCAGAGGCCCAAGUCUGCAAACCAGGACUCAUGUUCAGAAACCCUUAUGGAGUUAAGGAAUAGUUCUGUGAAACCAUCAAUCCUUCAUUGUUCCAAAGAGAAGCUAGACAGGGUGCCAUCAGAGACCAGGACAUGUAAUUAUGGGCCUCGGGUGAAAAAAACAGAUGGAACCCCCACAGAGAAGGAUUCACCAGAAGAAUUGGUAAUGAGGGAAUGCCCACACCUUAAGCAUACUCUUUCUAAUCAAUGCUGUGGUCAUAAAUUUUCUGAAACUACAGAUCAUGUCCUUGAGAGCCAUCCUACCAAUACUGCUUCUCCGUAUUCCAAGACACAUCUGGAUUUAUGUAAUUCUUGUGGUCUUUCCUGGAAAUUUCUGAUGCGUGGCCAAGAGGCACUGCAGAUUCAUGAAAAGGAUGUAAAAAAGCAGCUCUCAGAAGAUAGAAGACACCAACUUAUGCUUCAGAAAAUGGAGCUGGAAAUCGAAAAGGAGCGCCUUCAGCAUUUGUUAUCUCAACAGGAGACAAAACUUCUCCUGAAGCAGCAGCAGCUUUAUCAGUCUCGACUUGAUUACAAUUGGUUAAGAACUCAGACCGCUUGCACGUCAAGAGAUCAGAUCGCAGAAAAAGAGUUUACUAAGCCUCGGGAGCUCAAUCUGAAUAUGAAUGGGAGUGACUCUGGACGAAGCUUACUGACUCCCAAAAAUGAUGACUGGCUUCUUAGAACAUCACCAUCUAUCAGGAAGUACCAAGACUCCACAAACAGUGGAGACAGUAAAAAGGAAAAGAAGACCGUUGGGUUUCAGUCGCGAAUAGAAGAUGAUGCCUCGUGGACAUGUCCAAAAAAAGAUCAUCCUCAAAGAGAGACAAUGAUAGGAGUUAGAAAGGAUGCGUCCACGUCUCCUAUGAGAACAGGAAGCCAAAAGGAAUUCGUAACCACAACCACAUCAUCCUUCAAACCGGACACUGCCAGGUAUGAGACGUCUCUGUUGGAUUUGGUCCAGUCUCUGAGCCCAACAUCUGCUACCAAACUCCAGCCGCAUCCCUCCAGAGAAGCCGGGGCCUGGCAUCGCAGCACCUGCCAACUCAGUCCUGUGAAAUCAUCCUGGAGCAAGAGGGGGACCAUCAGGACCUCUGAAGACCUGGAGGAGAAUCAAAUUCUGAAAGACAUUUUUUUUAUUUGACACUGAAGCGUAUGCUGCAAAACUUCCAUCAGAAAUCUGUUUUGUUUCUUUUUAAUAUACUGAUCUAGUAUUUUAAAUUAUU